AUGCCUUUCGUUGACAUUAUCAGCGACGACGACUACGCGUCUCUCUACUACAUUACCAACACUCCCUUCUGCAACGUUGGUGGCUUUGACCCAGAAAAGCCCACAGUCUGCAUUCUCCCACCUACGUUUCUCGACUCUUCAUGGCUCGACGCUCAACUAGACGACCCACGGCUGGAUUCGGAAUAUAAUAUCAUCGCAUUCGACCUCCCGCGGUGCAGUGGAAAAAGUGAAUGCCGACCUAAUGGACGCCACGACAAUUGGACCGAUGCUGCCGACCUUGCGUUCGCUGCUCGCGCUCUCGCCCUUCCCCCAAUGCACAUACUGGCUUUCGAAGGGAUUGGGACGAAUGCUGCCCUCCGCUUUGCUACACUCUUCCCAGAAAUGUGCCUUAGCUUGGCUCUAUGCAAUGUCCCUCCAUCCACUGAGCUUAUGUGGAUUUACACUGCGUACAGCGAACUGGUCCAAACUUGGUGCUUCGCGGAUGAUUUGGAAGCUUAUGAGCAUGUUACGAACGAAGCUGUUUCAUUCACCCUCGGACCGAAUACCUCAACUGCCUUGCGUGACGAGCUCAUAGCAUACUGGGAAGUCACGAUGCAUCCUCAGCGGCGACAACGAGUCAUCGAACAGGCCAAUCUCGUUAUGAAUCGAACACCGCUUCCAACCAGCGCGCACCAGUACAUCACCCAACCUGUUCUUAUGAUUCACGGAGAGGCCAACGAGUCUGCCCCGCGGAAAUACGCUGAACGUUUGGCGCAGGAUCUCAAGGCAAUUUUUUAUCCCGUAAAAGGCGGCGGCGGCUAUCUGAGCAUUACGCCUGGGACUGCGUCAAUUGUGAACCAAGUCUUUGUAAAAUUCCUGUCGCGGCUCCCCAAGGCACGCUCAGAUCGUCCAGAACAUAUCACCAGUGUUCAGGAGCGGAUGCAAGAGGCGCUCAAUGUGCUCGAGUCCAUAACAGGAAAUACUCAUUUAUCCUCGCGCAACCCCAUGUCGCCCCUCUCCUUCAGCUGUCUGGCUGACGGCGUGGUGCGGACCCAAACAGAGCAACUAGCAAACUAUCGCAAGGGCCAAACCCUGGCUUUCUGUCCUCUCAAUCCCCUGACUCAGCGUCCACUACGACGGUAUUCAGAGCGGCCACUUGAUGAUUGGUUUGAUGGUAACAACGAGAGCAAGUCCUCCUUCGCAGUCGGAACCCGUUACCACGAACCCACAACCACUCGAACCGACCGCCCCCUUCCAUUACCCCAGUCUGAUCCUAUAUUACCUGACGAAGGGCGUCUCCGACGUGGUACAUUCAGCCCAAACUCGGUAGAAAAACAGGUCAUCAAGGGCUCUAUGGCCAAGGUCGUCAGCUCUCAACCAAGCUUACAAAAGUUAUUUCUCUAA